UUCAGCUAGCUCGACUUGCUUCGAACGAGAUUUCGACGAAGCUCAAGCGAGUAACCACGGAGACGAGCAUAAACGAAUAAUAGAAAUGACAUUAAUUGAACUAUGAAGUCAAAUAUUACGAAACUGGUAUAUUACGAUGACAACUAAAACCCAGUCCAACAUGACGAAAAAUUCUUCUAAACCCGUUCAAGUUCUUCUGCGAAGGCCAAUCGCUCCACCAAUUCCACCCAAGCCUGUUCUUCCAGAGAAACCGAAGAUUGGAGCACCAUCGUUCCAGCCAUUCCAGAGUCAGAGUAUUCCAUCUUUCCUGGAGCUCAGUCAAGAAUUCAGUGAGCACCACCAACUUCUAGCUCCAUCACUGCCAAGCGAUGCCCAGUCCGUGGCAUCCGAUCUUAACGAGGAUGUGUACGCACCGCAGAACACACCACGGGCCAAGGAGAUGGUACGCUCCAACGAGAGCCCGUCCUUCCAGUCCAUCGAUGAACCUCCAGAUUGGAAGUUCAUCAUUGAAUCCCGUUAUAACAUGAACAAAGGAAACGCGCAAGGAAGGACGCUUGAAUCGGACUCUCUUGUCAAACCGUACAAACCUCGCGGGCCUGAUCCGUUUCCGCUUCGGCAAUCGAAGCAACCAUCAGAAAUUCGUCCAGAACUCCUCUAUGCAGAUGUCGAUGACCCGAGGUUCUUUGAGAUACCAGAGUUCACUCUCAAUGACUUCUGUUAUGAUCUGUCAAGAGUCUAUGCCUUACCCAGGGAUAGAGUGAAGAAUAUUGUCUUCUCAAAACAAAACUUUAAGAAGAUGACAACACUUUUUGGGUCAUUCACAAAAGAGAAGAGACAAGAGAAAGUGAACACUGUGACACUUAAAGGUGAAGAUAUCCCGACCUUUGAGAACCGAGUGCCUCAGCAUCAGAUCCUUCUAGAGAUGGCAUGCGCCAUUGAAGAUCAGAUGAGACACCUGAUGUUAGAAGAUGUCCAGAGUCAGCUUCACAGCACCACAAAGUCCAAGAGGACACCGGGGUCUCCAGGGUCAAUGAGUGUCGACGGGAAGUCAUUGCCUCCAAUCAAAAGAGACAAGGAUUCAUCAUUAUUCAGUGCUCCGGUUUCAAAAUAUUUUCAAGGAUCUCGGAGAUCUAAUGAACCCUUUGAUGGAAGUGAUUCUGAAACCCAGAUCAAUCCAUCGGAGCUUGCUCUCCUAGAAUGUCUCGUCAACGGAGGACUAGCACUCAGUUUGAAGGCGCAUUUUAUCUCCACCUUACCCCAACUCAAACCAAUCCUGAAAACUCUGACGUAUCUCAACUUGUCUUUCAAUGAUUUCAAGUCCAUACCGAUGAUAGUCUUUGACAUUGAGAAUCUUCAGAUACUGAAGCUGAGGAAUAACCCAAUCCGAGAGAUUCCCUAUGAGAUCGGUCAGCUCACCAAAUUAAGAACAUUGGUCCUGUCCUUCUGUAUACUAUCGGAAUUACCUCCCACCCUUUUCACACUGCCUCUGAAGUACCUAGAUUUGUCCUACAAUAAGCUUACAUUCUUGCCAAAUGAAAUGAGACAUCUCAAGAGAUUACGAGCGCUAAAUCUUGAAGGUAACCAGCUACCUGCUCUGCCGUGCGGGAUGCUCAAACUGAGAGAUCUUCGCUACCUGAGGGUCAUCAAUAACUUCAUGCAUCCCCUCCUAUGGAGAGAAAACUCCCAGAACAACCCUCAGAGGUUAUCUGACAUGUCAGCCCUGGUUUGUAAACAAGAGGGUCUGGACUGUGUAGAGGGACUACAUGAUUCACUCAUGGUCUACCUAAACAGCUAUACGACCUGUGACUGCUGUGGUGGGCCUCUCUAUGGCCCAGGGCUGCGCAUCAUCCGACCUUGUCGCCGGGCCUACGGGGUCAAGCAGGUCCCUUUCAUCUUUAUCUCUUGUUCCCCUGCCUGCCGUGAUUUCUUCAUGGUCAAUACUCAGUCGUUGUCGGAUCUCCUCUAUGAAGACGAAUCAGACGAGGAGUUUGUGGAGUAUUAGGGCUCAAUGCAUUUCUAAUAAAAGGCAUACAAAUGAUGAUAUUGCUUAAUUAAGAAUGUGUACUGGAUGGCAUGUCUUGUUUACAAGUUAUGCAUUACUCAGAGUUGCCAACUUUUAAGAAAAAGUCACAAUUUUCAUGUCAAAUUACGCAAAUAGGCUUUUGACCUUAAUUAUUAUGCUUUUGAGGUAAAAUAGAAAUGUACAUUUGAUAUACACAUAGUAAUACUUUGCACAGUGGUGAAAUUUACUUGCCUGACUCAACAGCUAGUGCUUCACAAAAGUUAUGUAGCACCCUAGAUGAAUAUACCUGACAACCAUCAUGUAGGGUUGGCAAAACUUUUGCAUUAAAGGUCAAGUCCACCUCAGAAAAAUGUUGAUUUGAAUCAAUAGAGAAAAGUCAGACAAGCACAAUGCUGAA